GGCCCGCCCCGGGUCUCACGCCGCCGCCGCCGCCCCCUGCCUGCACCAUGACGGUGAUGUCGGGAGAGAACGUGGACGAGGCUUCGGCCGCCCCGGGCCACCCCCAGGACGGCAGCUACCCGCGGCCGGCCGAGCACGACGACCACGAGUGCUGCGAGCGCGUGGUCAUCAACAUCUCCGGGCUGCGCUUCGAGACGCAGCUCAAGACGCUGGCGCAGUUCCCCAACACGCUGCUGGGCAACCCUAAGAAACGCAUGCGCUACUUCGACCCGCUGAGGAACGAGUACUUCUUCGACCGCAACCGGCCCAGCUUCGACGCCAUCCUCUACUACUACCAGUCGGGGGGCCGGCUGCGGAGGCCGGUCAACGUGCCGCUGGACAUGUUCUCCGAAGAGAUCAAGUUUUACGAGCUGGGCGAGGAGGCCAUGGAGAAGUUCCGGGAGGACGAGGGCUUCAUCAAGGAGGAGGAGCGCCCCCUGCCCGACAAGGAGUACCAGCGCCAGGUGUGGCUGCUCUUCGAGUACCCCGAGAGCUCGGGGCCCGCCCGGGUCAUCGCCAUCGUCUCCGUCAUGGUCAUCCUCAUCUCCAUCGUCAUCUUUUGUCUGGAGACGCUGCCCGAGUUGAAGGAUGACAAGGACUUCACGGGCACCGUCCACCGCCUCGACAACACCACGGUGGUCUACAGCGUCAACAUCUUCACGGACCCCUUCUUCAUCGUGGAAACCCUGUGCAUCAUCUGGUUCUCCUUCGAGCUGGUGGUGCGCUUCUUCGCCUGCCCCAGCAAGACGGACUUCUUCAAAAACAUCAUGAACUUCAUCGACAUCGUGGCCAUCAUCCCCUACUUCAUCACCCUGGGCACCGAGAUAGCUGAGCAGGAGGGGAACCAGAAGGGCGAGCAGGCCACGUCGCUGGCCAUCCUCAGGGUCAUCCGGUUGGUAAGGGUUUUUAGAAUCUUCAAACUCUCCCGCCACUCUAAGGGCCUCCAGAUCCUGGGCCAGACCCUCAAAGCCAGCAUGAGAGAGCUAGGGCUGCUUAUCUUUUUCCUUUUCAUCGGGGUCAUACUGUUUUCUAGCGCAGUGUACUUUGCCGAGGCGGAAGAAGCUGAGUCGCACUUUUCCAGUAUCCCCGACGCUUUCUGGUGGGCGGUGGUGUCCAUGACCACCGUAGGAUACGGUGACAUGUACCCUGUGACAAUUGGAGGCAAGAUCGUGGGCUCCUUGUGUGCCAUCGCCGGUGUGCUGACAAUUGCCCUGCCCGUACCUGUCAUUGUGUCCAAUUUCAACUAUUUCUACCACCGAGAAACCGAGGGGGAAGAGCAGGCUCAGUUGCUCCACGUCAGCGCCCCUAAUUUAGCCUCUGACAGUGACCUCAGUCGGCGCAGCUCCUCCACCAUCAGCAAAUCUGAGUACAUGGAGAUCGAAGAGGAUAUGAAUAAUAGCAUAGCCCACUUUAGACAGUCCAAUGUCAGAACUGGUAAUUGCACCGCAGCUGACCAAAACUGCGUUAAUAAGAGCAAGCUACUGACUGAUGUUUAAAAAGCCAAAAGCAAAGAAACUAAAAAGCCCCCACUUAGCAGCUUGAAAGACUUAAAACACCAAACCAAACCAAACCCCCAGUGACCCAGGUCACUCCUUGUAGAUACUUUACUAAAUGGUCUUUGAAUGCUCUCUCGAACUGUCGAUGCAUUGUUGCAUUGCCAAUGUUGGGGGGUGGCAAACCCGAAGCUUUCAGGAGCCAUGAAAAGAGAAACUAUUUUCAUUGUAUUAAAAAAUGGGAAAAGAGAGUGUAUUUUCUAAAACUGGUUUAAAAUCACUCAGUCCAUGAACUUGUCUAGGUAAAAUAAGGUUCAUAUGCUUCCCCGUUUUUAAUCCCUGGUGGCUUCUUUAAAUUUUUUUUUUUUUUUCCUUUAGCUAAGAAUCAGAUGAUCGCUUAGAAAUAUAAAAUUUAAAUUUGCAUGGGACUCCGAUACGAAAUCCUGGCAAACUGCACAGCGCAUUUUAAGAUGGUGCAUCAGAUGUAUUAUGUGUAACAUGAUACACCAGCCGAAACGGGCAACGAACAGAUGUUUUUACUUUGAUCAACCGAACUGCAUAUUCCAAGGUGAAAAAAAAAAAUUACUUAAGACUGGUU